GUGGAGAUGAGUUGGUGAAAAUCUUCGGCAAGUGGGUCGACCUGGCGGAGGUGAGUCGACGCCUGUCCGAGCUGCCCGGAGUCCUGGAAGCUGCCACCGUGACCGGCGGCCCGGACGAACAUUACGCAGCGGCCGUGCUGGGCGACGGCCAGGACGGUGAGCGCUUGGCGCCGAUGGCCGCCAAGAUCCUUCCAUCCGGUGGAGUGCAGCUGCAUUGGUUCCAGAAGCCAUUGCCAAGAAAGGCUGAGACACAGAAGGUGGAUCGUUUGCGCCUCUUGGCCCAGCUCCGGACAGCUCCAGCGACUGGGCGCACCACGCGCGCCGAGACCGCGGUGGAGACCGUGGAGACCGGCAGAACGAGGCAGCAAGAAGUCUUGAUGGCCAGCAUCACGGAGGUCUUGGGUGCUUCGGUGCCCUUGGGCGAGUCCUUCUGCGCCGCCGGCGGCGACUCCGUGUCGGCGCUGCGCUGUGCGGCCGCCGCGCGGCAACGGGGGUUGGAGAUCUCUGCCCUGGACUUGUUGGCUGCGAAGACCUUGGCUGAGGCUGCAGAUGCUGAGGCCUUGCAAGCGCCUCUGAAAAGACAGCGACGUGGCGGCUCUGACACGUUGGCCAACGAGAAUCUGUCUAGUCUUCCUUGGGGCUUGAGUCCCGAGGAGCUGGAAGAGGAGAUCUCCAUCCAACUGGGACUGCCGCAGCGGGUCUCCAACUGGGCGCGCGUUUCCAAGCGGUGGAGCGAGAGCUCGCUCCCGGAUGGAGUGAACUUCCCCGACGUGGUGCCCGACUCCCUGCCGUGGCCCAAGGAUGCCGACGCCUGGAGUCUGAAGGAUCUCGAGAUCUUCAUCGGUAGUGGUGGAUUUCUAAAGCCCAAGAAGAAGGCAGCUGCCCCUUCAGCACCUCCAGCACCGCCACGCACAACUGGCGCUUCCAGCCCUGAACAAGCGGUGAGUGGCUAUGCCGAGGCGAACGGCACCGCACUCCCUGCUGCCGAUGCGGCACCGGCCGUGCCGGCGCCUUUCGGCUUUGAAACGCCCGGCUUCAACCAGGAGAAGCAUCGCUUCAUCAUGCCGGUUCGAGUUCAUUGCGAGGACACAGCUCCCAAUGGGCAUGUGCGCGUGGAGUCUUUGGUGGCCUAUGCCGAGCGAAUCCGAAGUUUGGCGUUGAAGCAGAUUAUGGCCUCUUGGUGGCAGGGAUCUGGUGGGGAUGACAUGGAUUUGGGUCAACAUUCCGGCGAUCCACUGGUGAUCAGUGGUGGUUGA